CGUCUAAUUAAAUUGUUGCCUCGACUUUUGAUAAACUUCCAGACCAUUUUACAAUUUUCAAUGGAAACACAAAGGAAAAUAUUUAAUCCCAAGCAACGAAGAGAUGGGCUGCCAAACAGAUUUUCUAAUUCAGCUGGUAAUUUGAAUUUGAAUCAAAUUUCCUACAAAUUUACCAAUUAUUCAGAAGAACCUAUGGACUUAAGUAUUUCGAACGAAAAUUUGACAUACUAUCAUAGAAGAGGGGGAAAUAGACAACGCUUUACCACAACAAAUCUCGACAAUAAACAUAAAUAUAUGAGAGUAUAUGAAGAAUCUGCUCAUGGUUCCUCAGAAAAUGUUUCACAUUUUAAGAAAGAAAACAUGCAAUUGGGCAAUUGUCCAGAAAUUUCAAGUCAGCAAAGUCAACAUAUCUGCGUUUCUGGAAAAAGGAAGCGUGGAAAAUUUGUUUACACAACUGAAGGAAAACUUGUUAUGGUAGCAGAAGAAGAUACUCGAUGUCCCCAAAAUUUAAACGAAGCUACACAAGUUGAAAUUUUGAAAGCCGCCAAAACUCUUUUCACUAAACGGACUAGAACAUUAUACCAAUGGAUCUAUCCCACGGCUUCUAAACAAGAAAUAAGAAGUACUGUUCUUACGUUGUGGGAUUCUUUGGACGAGAGUGAAAAAGCUUUUUAUAUAUCACAGGUUCUUGGUUGUAAUCAAGGCAGCCUUAUGAUUAACCCCCAAUUGGAGUCAAUAAAAAUUAUUUCACCAGCUAUUCAUAAGAUUGAAACGGUACCCAAAUUGAGAGAACCACAAUGCAACCUUAGCACCCACACCAACUUUCCUACCUUACCGCCGGCAAAUGGCGCUAGUGCUUUAACUUUUGAGGAGUUCGAAGCAAUGACGGAAAGAACUAAGAGAAGAAGAAGACGUACGAGAGUAGGUCAUGUUCACAAACCGAAACUUGAAGAUUUCAGAGAUGAUCCUGAGUUGAGUCAGGAGUUGGAAAAGUUUGCUGGACAAUUUAAUUUUAAUAAUUAUUUAUCUUAAGUUUUUGCGAUUUUUUUGUAAAUAAGUUGAAUAAAUGCUUUCACCCCUUUUA